AUGGUGAAAAUAAUCAAUGGUAAGCCGCCGCCGAGGAAGAAAAAUACGAAGAAGGAGAAGGAUGCUCCUCUGACGGAUCCACUUCUGCCGGUAGUCCAAAAACAAGCAACGGAGGAAGCGGAUCAGGAUGAAUCGUUGAAUGUAGAAGAAAGGGUAGUAGGAGAUGGAGUCGAUGAACAAGCAACAGAGGAAACGGGUCGGGAUGAAUCGGGGAAUGUAGAAGAAAGAGUAGUAGGAGAUGGAGGUUCGGAAAAUCGAGAGGAAGAGAAAGUCGAAGAUGGUGUCGAGGAAGAAGAAGAUUGUGACGAUGUGGAGGAAGAAGAAGAUGGUGAAGAUGGUGAAGAUGUCGAGGAAGAAGAAGAUGGUGAAGACGUCGAGGAAGAAGACAAUGAUGGGGAUGAAGUCGAUGAUGAAGAAGAUGGGAAUGAUUCAACCGAUGGUGGUGAUGAGGAGGAAGAUGGCGAUGAUGACAAUGAAGAAGAAGAAGAUGCACAAUCAAUUAAUUCCAUGGUAAGUACAUCUAGAAUUGGAAUUAAUGAAUUUUGA